AUGAAUUUCUCUAUGCAAUUACUCAAAUUCGUCAUAAGACCUUUCGUCCUCAAACAAUCAAUGCGAAGGAUGAGUGAUUAUAUUGAUACUCAUAAUCCUACUUCUUCACACUACAAACAGGCCUUGGAAAAACUCAGAAAAAGUGCUGAAAUGACCGUGACCUUGGCAUCCGAAUUACAGCGCCAGUUUGAUACAACUCAAGCUGCUACAGCUGCACGCCUUGCUCGGCGUAAUGCCUCCCGACGCCAUGCAAGAAUCACUGGUGUUAUAUCUCCUAGUCAAUUCAAGGAAAUAAAGCGAAAGCAGUAUAAAUUAAGUGAGGAAGCUGAUCAAAAGCGGCAGAGACAGAGGUGGAAGAAGGUCUUAGUAGAGAUCAGGAAGUACGGAUGA